GUGGUACAUUUUGAAUUUUCAAUUACAGCAACAUUCUUCUCUCUCAGCUGUGUUUCCAAAUUUCUCAAUCUCGCUUGUUUGUUGGUUAAUUAAUAUUUGUGAUUCGGCUGUUUUUGGUGGGCAUAAUUAAUAACUGGCUGUGUUAAUUAACGAACGAAUAAUUAAUCUACAGUCUACCGUUAUAUUCAGUAGGGAGGACUCGGGUAAAAAGAAUAUAUACCAAAUCACUCGAGACACGCCGUACCCCUAAAGUGCCUGGUGAUGUCUCAGUUUGACCAGUCUGCAGCCUCAGAUCCACGAAGGCAGCGUAAGUGUACGGAGAACAGGAUGCACAGCAGCAGCAGCAGCCGGAACAUCUCCAGUGGUGAGAAGAGUCCUAUGAAGGUGCUGUCACAGAACAGGACUCCAGGUUCCAGCAAGACACCCAAAAGUACAGGCAAAUCCAACUCCGGCAAGUCUAAGAAGCAGCCAAAGACUCCAAAGACACCAACUGCCGGUGACCGCUUCAUUCCGAACCGCAGUUCGACCCAGUUCGAUGUCGGCUACUACAAGAUCAUGAACGAGAACUUGGCCAAGAAAGAUGAGGCAGACACGAGGAGCCCUUCACAGGUGCAGUACCAGAAGAUCAUGAAUGAAAACCUCAAUGGGGAGAUUCUCAGCUCAAAGAUCAUUUCAUACAAGGCCAAACCCCCAACAGCUCCAGAAGGUCACCAGAACAGUCUCCGGAUCUUGUACACUUCCAGUAAGAACAGUCAAUGUAAGAAGCUUACCAGACACAUUCCACAGACCUCCGACAGAAUUCUAGACGCUCCAGAGAUUUUGGAUGACUAUUAUUUGAACCUACUGGACUGGUCUGCCAACAACCAACUGGCUGUAGCCCUGGCUGGACAUCUUUACCUCUGGAAUGCCGGAACCGGAGAGAUCAAACAGCUGACGGAAAUGGAAUCGUCCGAUGCCUAUAUUAGUUCUGUGGCUUGGGUGAAAGAAGGCAACUAUUUGGCAGUAGGGACCAGUGAAGGGGUUGUUGAGCUUUGGGAUGUCUUUAAAGAAAAGAGAUUACGCAGCAUGACAGGACAUUCUGGCCGCGUUGGAGCGCUCUCAUGGAACUCUCAUAUACUCAGCAGUGGCUCGCGCAGUGGACACAUCCACCAUCACGACGUUCGUGUAGCGCAGCACCUACAGGGCAAUGUUGCUGGACACACACAGGAGGUGUGUGGCCUGCGGUGGUCACCCGAUGGCAUGUACCUGGCCAGCGGAGGCAACGAUAACCUUUUGAACAUCUGGGCAGCAGAGGGUGGCCGCUUGGUACCCCAGUCACAGCCACUCUACUCGCUCACCUACCACCAGGCAGCGGUGAAGGCGCUGGCCUGGUGUCCAUGGCAACCAAGGCUGCUGGCAAGUGGGGGAGGCACGGCUGACCGACACAUCCGAUUCUGGAACUGUAACACAGGAUCAAAUGUCCAGAGUAUUGACACUAAAUCCCAGGUUUGUGCUAUGUUAUGGUCGGCCGAGCACAGGGAACUGAUCUCUGGUCAUGGUUAUGCACAACAUCAACUGACCAUCUGGAAGUAUCCGUCCAUGACGAAAGUAGCUGAACUGACAGGUCACACAGCGCGCAUCCUACACUUGGCUAUGUCCCCGGAUGGGUCGACGGUGGUGUCUGCUGGAGCAGAUGAGACCCUGCGACUCUGGAAGUGCUUUGCAGGCUCCGAGCAAAAGAAGAAGGCUGAGAAGAACAAUAAGGCCCUCGUGCCAGGCAUGAUCCGAUUGUCUACAAUUCGGUAGUAUCUGGCGUGGGCCUAGUUUGAUAUGGUCCCGUUUGGUGUAGUGCCUCUAACUCCCUCGUCUCUUUUUCUCUUUUUACCUACUUUCUCUGCUUUGCUUUGGUCUUUCAGUAUAUAUAUAUAUAUAAAGGUUACAUAUAUAUAUAUAUAUAUACAAAACAUGAAAUAUAUAUAUAU